CCCAACCCCUGUCUCUGACCCGCAGAUACUCUGAGCGAAGCCUUACAAAGUGCAUUGGCAUAACUAUAGAGACCCGGCCGGAUUACUGCCUGAAACGGCACUUGAGCGAUAUGUUGUCAUACGGCUGCACAAGGCUGGAGAUUGGCGUGCAGAGUGUCUAUGAGGAUGUGGCCAGAGACACCAACAGGGGCCAUACGGUGAAGGCUGUGUGCGAAUCAUUCCACCUAGCCAAAGACGCCGGGUUCAAAGUGGUGGCACACAUGAUGCCAGACCUGCCCAACAUGGGACUCGAGAGAGACAUCGACCAGUUUGUGGAGUUUUUUGAGAAUCCUGCCUUUCGCCCCGAUGGCAUGAAGCUCUACCCAACCCUCGUGAUCCGUGGCACCGGCUUGUACGAGCUCUGGAAGACGGGGAGGUACAAGAGCUACCCUCCAAGCACCCUCGUGGAUUUGGUGGCGAGGAUACUGGCUCUCGUGCCCCCGUGGACGCGAGUAUACCGUGUGCAGAGAGAUAUUCCGAUGCCCCUCGUCAGUUCUGGAGUAGAGCACGGUAACUUGAGGGAACUCGCUCUGGCCAGGAUGAAAGACCUGGGGACGGAGUGUCGCGAUGUGAGGACAAGAGAGGUCGGAAUUCAAGAGAUUCAUCACAAAGUGAGACCUUAUCAGGUUGAACUGAUCCGGAGAGACUACGUGGCCAAUGGCGGCUGGGAGACCUUCCUAUCCUAUGAGGACCCUGAGCAGGACAUCCUGAUCGGCCUGCUGCGCUUGCGGAAGUGCUCAGAGGAGACGUUCCGGGCGGAGCUGAAGGGGGGCGUCUCCAUCGUCCGAGAGCUCCACGUCUACGGGAGCGUGGUCCCCGUCAGCAGCCGCGACCCCUUGAAAUUCCAGCAUCAGGGAUUUGGGAUGCUACUGAUGGAGGAGGCGGAAAGAAUCGCGAAGGAAGAGCACGGGUCGUGGAAGAUCGCCGUCAUUUCAGGUGUGGGCACCAGGGACUACUACAGGAAGAUCGGCUACGAACUGGAUGGGCCCUACAUGGUGAAAAGGCUGGACUGAGAGAGACGGGCAGAGCUGGGAGCAUUCAAGGCCACGUCUUUGAACCUCGGUCCUCUUGAGGCCUCCAGGCAGAAGGGGAAUGGCAACCUCCUGCUGCAAAAGGCUAGUCUCUGGGAGUACAGCCGCCUGCAAUUUGAAACCUGCCUUUUUGCACUCAGCGGUGUCCCAUUUUACACCAGGGAUGGUUUCCUCCCCCUAUUUCUAAUGAACAAUCACCCUUUUUAAAACGAUUCUAUGCUUUGUAUUGGUUUUCAUACAUGAACACCUGCUUUUAUUAGCAGGGGCCUUCAAGAGGACUAGGACCUUGAGGUGGAGAUCUUUUAUCAACUUGCCUUGGGCUGAGGAGUGCGUACAUUCGCCUUUUUUCCCCCCUCUGCCAGGGAGGACUUAAGAGGAUAAUUUUGCCUGCGUCCACCUUGCUCUCUUGAAGCUAUUUGCAUCUGAUUGGCUUUCAACCCUGCCUCUUGUCCAGAACUCCAGGUUGCAAAACUCAUCUGCCCUCUCUGCAUUGUGGGAGCUUAAGACCACUCUGGGUUGUUGUUUUUCGAGGAUUUUGCCUGCUUUUAGCAGUUUGGCUUCUUUUGCUUCAACCCGCUCGGCAGUGGCGCAUCUUUGCCUCAUUCUUCCGCAAGGAGAGAAAGAGGCAGCAGUUGUAACAUGUGCUGCUUUCGGAAUCCCACGAUGCAGAAAGUAUGCAAACAGUGCCAAUGUCCGCCGUGGUGUCAAUAUCUGCAGCCUCUUCCAUCGGAGGAGAGUCGGCAUUAUUUUACAAAUGCCCCCCCCCCUCCUCAGGGGGCAGGGACACCAAAGAGGAGGGGAUCCUGGAUCCAAAUGCAAUAGCCUCUCCUGGAUGAUGUAAGCUAUAUAUUUUUUCAUGUUUGCAAAAGAGCAGGACUGCUUCGUCCUCGUGCACUUAGAGCAGAGGCAGGCCCCCCCCCCGAUUUUGUGGGGCUCAAACUCCCAUCGAUUACGGCUAGUGGGAGUUAUAGUGCAGCAGGUCUCUCCCCCCGCGCCCUUGGGUCGACGUUAAGGUUCUCUGUGGUUUGCAUUCAUAGACGCCACCAAAGAUGGAGAUCGGAGAGCCAGCUUGUGAAAGAUCUGGAACCUCUGCAACGCUCCUGCUAAUAAAUACCUAGGUGGUGGUUU